UGUGUGCAUACACAGGCGAGUGUCGACCUAUGAAUCCUUUGGGAGCAAAAGUGAAAUCGCUCACCUUGAUCGUAGUUCAGCCUCAAGAUUUUUAUAUGGGGUUAAAUCACAGAAUCGAAGAUCGAGAUUCGAACACGGGAUCUAUACCUGUCUAUAUAGUAAUCUACAGUCCAAGGCUGUUGGGAGCAACUCGUGAGUGCUGGGCUAUGCCCGUGGGGCUGGACCUAUGAAUCCUUAGUCGUGGAGUUUGAAGAGAGAGAGAGAGAGAGAGAGAGAGAGAGAGAGAGAGUUCAGAUGGCGAUUUCAUCUGUUCAGCUGUCCCGGAGCGCGACGUCUCUCAGUUCGCCGUCUCAUACGGCGGCGAGGCCGCCUGUUUCGGCUCCUCGGAGCGCCAAUUUCGGUCGCCGAGGCUCGGCGGAACACUGUUCGCAUCUGUUCGGGGGUGUUUUUGUUAAGCCGACUGCUAGGGCAUUGGUCAGGGAAAGAGGGGGGAGUACCGAGGACGGUCCUCUCGCCGGUGAUUCAACGGAGACUUCUGAUCACAAGCAGGUUGCAAACAAGCCCCCAAAGUCGCAGGAGCGAGAUUUUUCUGGCACUGCAUAUGUGCCUGUAUACGUCAUGCUGCCACUUGGCGUCAUUAAUAUGGACUGUGAACUGGUUGAUCCAGAUAAUCUGCAUAAUCAGCUGAAGACAUUAAAAUCAGUUAAUGUUGAUGGUGUUAUGGUUGACUGCUGGUGGGGGAUAGUAGAGAGACAUGUUCCACAACAAUAUAAUUGGAAUGGCUAUAAGAACCUCUUCCAACUUGUGCUUGACCUGAAGCUUAAGUUACAGGUUGUUAUGUCGUUUCAUGAAUGUGGAGGCAAUGUUGGUGAUGACGUUCAUAUUCCUCUCCCCAAAUGGGUGACAGAAAUAGGUCUAAGAAAUCCUGAUAUAUAUUUUACAGACAGAGAAGGAAGGCGCAACCCUGAAUGUCUGACUUGGGGAAUUGACAAGGAGAGGGUUUUAAGAGGUCGAACUGCUCUUGAGGUUUACUUUGACUACAUGAGAAGCUUUCGGGUAGAAUUUGAUGAGUUCUUCGAGAAUGGUAUCAUCUCUGAGAUUGAAAUUGGACUAGGGCCAUGUGGGGAGCUCCGGUAUCCCUCUUAUCCUGCAAAUUAUGGUUGGAAAUAUCCUGGCAUUGGGGAAUUCCAGUGUUAUGAUCAGUAUUUGUUAAAGAGUCUGAGGAAGGCAGCAGAAGUGAGAGGGCAUUCAUUUUGGGGGGAAGGACCAGAUAAUGUAGGUUCUUAUAAUUCACGACCUCAUGAAACCAGGUUCUUUUGUGAUGGAGGCGAGUAUGAUAGCUAUUAUGGAAGAUUUUUCCUCAAUUGGUACUCCCAGGUUCUGGUUGAUCAUGGUGAUCGGGUCCUAGCUCUGGCAAAUUUGGCUUUUGAAGGCAAUUGCAUUGCUGCAAAGUUAUCAGGUAUUCAUUGGUGGUACAAGACAGCAAGCCAUGCUGCUGAGUUGACUGCUGGUUUUUACAACCCUUGUAAUCGUGAUGGCUAUGCUCAAAUUGCAGCAAUGUUAAAGAAUCAUGAGGCUGCUCUAAACUUCACAUGUGUUGAGUUGCGUACAUUGGACCAGCAUGAAGACUUUCCAGAGGCACUGGCAGACCCUGAGGGAUUAGUUUGGCAGGUACUUAAUGCUGCAUGGGAUGUUAGCAUACCAGUUGCAAGUGAGAAUGCUCUUCCUUGCUAUGAUAGGGAGGGCUAUAAUAAGAUAUUGGAAAACGCAAAGCCCCGAAAUGAUCCAGACGGGAGACAUUUAUCAGCUUUUACUUACUUGAGGCUCAGUCCUGUUCUUAUGGAGAAACGCAAUUUUAUGGAGUUCAAACGAUUUGUGAAGAGAAUGCAUGGUGAUGCAGUUUCAGAUCUUUCAUCGUCACUGAGUGAAUAGAGUAACGAAGCUCAGAUGAUGAAAUAUGAGGUUGCAGCUAAGAAGGAAGAAACUGCUUAUACAACUGUAAGUUGAAGCAAAUUUACUUGACGGGUACGGCGAAAUGGUUGCAGAAGUUUCAUAGUUGAACAGUUAUGGAGAAUGAUAUGGUUCCUUUUGUGCCCUACAACCAGAGACAGCUUAUAUUAAAAAAAAAAAAAAAAAUACAGAGAAAAGCCUCCAACAAAAUAGUGGACAAUUGACCCAUAAAAGGAUGAAAUAGGAUAAAAGCUUUUAUAAUCAUGCACCCCCUUUUUGUCCUGUUGUGGCAUAGUGGACUGGAGAUAAAAGAAAUCAUCUAUAGUUUGUGCCCAACCUGUUGUUGGUUUGGUUGGAUAUUUCCAUAGCAAGAGACAGUUCAUUCAUAGAAAGAUGAUGACUUUUAUAUACAAAGUACUGUUAAAAUGA